CCCCGCGCCGCGGCCGCCCCCCCCUUCACUACGCGCCGGUCGCUGGCGAAACCCGCCCUCCUCACCGGCCUCCGUCCGCUUCCCUGCCUCGCGCCCAGGUUCCGCCAUGGAAUCCAAUAAAGAUGAAGCCGAGCGCUGUAUCGCCAUCGCCCUCAGCGCCAUCAAGAGCCGCCAACCCGAGCGGGCACUGCGCUUCCUGGAGAAGGCACAGAGGCUUUACCCGACGCCAAGAGUGCGCGCAUUGAUUGAAUCCCUCACCCAGAAUGGACAGACAUCUCAUGGCCAGGCCAAGCCAAAAGACACAGCCAGUUCUCACCGGAAAACAGGUGGGGGAGAAACCCCUUCUGCCAACGGUGAGGCUGGAGGAGAGGGUACAAAAGGCUACACACAGGACCAGAUGGAAGCUGUGAAAAGGGUGAAGCAGUGUAAAGACUACUAUGAGAUCCUGGGUGUGAGCAGAGAAGCUUCGGAAGAGGACCUGAAGAAGGCCUACCGAAAACUGGCCCUCAAAUUUCACCCGGACAAGAACCAUGCCCCUGGUGCCACAGAGGCUUUUAAAGCCAUCGGUACCGCAUACGCUGUGCUGAGCAACUCUGAAAAGAGGAGACGGUACGACCAAUUUGGGGACGAAAAGAGCCAGGCUGCCGCGCAGGGCCAGGGCCAUGGGGACUUACACCGUGGCUUCGAAGCUGACAUCUCUCCCGAGGACCUCUUCAACAUGUUCUUUGGCGGUGGCUUUCCUUCCAGUAACAUCCAUGUCUACAGCAAUGGCCGCAUGAGGUACACCUACCACCAAAGGCCUGACCGCCGGGAGAACCAGGGUGAUGGUGGUCUCGGGCUGUUUGUCCAGCUGAUGCCCAUCCUCAUCCUGAUAAUUGUGUCAGCACUCAGCCAGAUGAUGGUGUCCAGCCCACCAUACAGUCUCAGCCACAGACCGUCAGUGGGGCACAUCCACAAGCGGUUGACUGAGCACCUCAAAGUGCCAUACUAUGUAUCAGAUAACUUUGGGGAAGAGUUCACUGGUUCCAGCUUAAAGACAGUAGAACGGAAUGUGGAAGACGACUACGUAGCCAACCUCCGAAAUAAUUGCUGGAAAGAGAAGCAGCAGAAAGAAAGUUUACUCUAUCGGGCCCGUUACUUUGGAGAUACGAGUCUGUAUCACAAAGCACAGAGGAUGGGCACCCCAAGCUGUAACAGAUUGUCAGAGGUGCAGGCCUCUCUGCAUGGAUAGUCAACGUCAGACCACCCUGCUGAGGUCCAAACUAUGAAAAAUACCUGGAGCAUUUUUGGUGAAGUGCACUGAGCCAAGGUGAUGGACAUUAUAUUUAAGGAGCAAAAACCUUAAAUUAAAGUGGAAUUGGAGGAUGAGCAAUGCACAACUGCCCUCUCUCUCACCCAGUAAACACAGAAAGCCCUUAGGACAGGAAAGCCCAGCCACUGAGCUUCUCUCUUCUUCCCAACACCAACGAGGUUCUGCACUCAGUUCUCUCCUAGGAAACGGCAGCCAUGGCAACGAAAGUAGGAUUUAAAACUUGCAGCAAAUGUGUGUGAGGGGGAGGGGAGGCGGAGGAGGCAGGACGGCUCUUCUUCCUCAUCUCUCCAGGCUACUGGUCACCUCUCACUGGAAGCCUUCCCACCCGAUGCUGGCUAGGAAUAAAUUUAUAGGGGAGGAAAAGAUAGGAAGUAUAUAGGAUUUAAUUUAUAGUUGUGUGUGUGUGUGUGUACAUGUGUGUAUACAUGCCUUGCUAUGCCUCUACAGCCAGGCAUGUAUAUAGAUAUCUAUAAAUGGUCUACUUUUAACUAUGCAGGGAUCAGGUUAAGUUAUUUGGCUGGUUUCUCUUCUAUUUUAGAGACAGGCCUGUUUUCAGGAGGCUGCCUGGUUCUCUAAAAUCUAGGGAUUAGCCACCGCUGACCACACAGGGAGCUUCGGGUCAUUUGCUUUCCAGUGGUUUUUCCUCUGGAUGAAGGCUUUGGUCUGAUUUCUGGUUGGUGAUUUCUAAGGGCAGAGAUAAUCACGACAGAAUCGAAAUCUCUAGAACACUUGGUUUGAGACUUCAGGGCUUCAGACUGUGCUGGAAGGAAGGAGGAAGAAAAUGGUUCGUUUACCAGGUCAGCUGUGAGCAUAACUUCUGCCCGAAGAUUUGGCUCCGCAUCCUGAGCUCAUCAGUAUUUAAAUUUGAUGGAGAUGGUCAAGCCUGCUGGGAUGAUGGCCAUCAGUUUUUCCCUGUCGUAACCUUGAACUCGCGCCCCCCCCCAUGCUGCACCUCAGGGGUCCCCCUUCCCAACGUAGCUUUGCACCACAGAAGCGCAGUCUGGCACCCUGUCCAGGGGUGCCUGGACUAACUGGAGCUUGGUAAGGAAAACCUGGCCAGGUUUGGAAUGCACUUACUGAGGAGAGCUGUGCUGUCCCUCACCUCCUCUUCCUCCUGCCUCGUCUCUUGGUAGCUGAGUGGGCUGCUGCCUCCGAGGUGUCUGUGGCCUCCAGAGUCAUGCACCUGGGAAAGCCCGUGCCAGCCUCCAGCCGACCCAGGACAGUUUCCAAGUAAAGCUACCUUCCCCAGGAUGGAUGGCCCCCCAGGUCUUCUCUUGCUCCCGCUUUGGACUAAAGAUAUUCUGCUCAACCAGAAUGGUUUUCUUAUCUUCACUUUAUGAAGGAGGAUUUUUCUCAAAACAGCUGUUGCUGCCAGGGGGAGGGAGAGAGGUUUUAUUUAUUCCCAAAGUUUAUACCCAGCCUUUCGACAUCAGCUGAAUUGCCCUGGAAUUGGAUCUUCCUUUGGCAAAGUGUCACUAAGCCCGUGUUACUUCUAAGCCUUACUUCUCUGCUGCUGGAGCCGAGCCUCUCCUUGAAUUUGUUCGUUUUUUUUUCUUAAUUAAAAAAUAGGGGGGUAAGGAGGGGGUCCAGAGGGAAACAUACCAGCUGUUCCAAACUGAUGACUGUGCUCAGCACCCUCCACCCAGAGAGACCUCAGUGGAGGGGAACUCGAGAGCAGCCUCGGGCCUGCAGAAUGCCCCCACUUAGCUAGUGACCCAGCCCCUCCACCCUCUACCCCAUGAGUUCUCUGAGUAGCUAUCCAUGGAUGGUAUACACUCGGUGCAAUAAAGCAUAGAUCCUGAAGAAUAACCACA